UCUAGGACCUGGCAACCCUGGCUUAUGCGCGGUAGUAAUUACAAAUUCUAGAACAGCGAAGUUGUGAGAAUCACGUUGUUGUAGAAAUUCGACAAUUUAGCGAUGCCUAUCGUACUGCUGUCGGAAGCGAUCGCAGUAGAGCUGGAAGCUCAAGAAUCAUGGCCUCAGCAGAUCACUUUGUACCAACCGUACGAGGUAGAACAGAUUUUACUACCUGACAAUGCAAAUUGCCUGGCAGUACAGGCUUUUUUGAAAAUGUGUCAACUCGAAUUUGAGAUAGAACCAAGGAAGAAUGCGGAAUUCAUUUCGCCGUCUGGCCGUGUACCGUUUAUUAAGUGCGGCGACAAAUUAAUACCCGAAUUUGAUGGUAUAGUGACGUAUUUAGGGAACAAGGGAAAAGACCUAUCCAGUCAUUUGGACCACGAUGCCAAAGUGGAUAUGAGAGCAUAUGUAUCUCUGGUGAACAAUGUAUUUGUAAAUGCAGAACUAUAUAUAUGCUGGGUGGAUGAAACUGUUUUGAAUUCUGUCACAAAGCCCAGACAUGGAAGUGUAUAUCCAUGGCCGCUUAAUCAUUACUUGAAUUGGCAAAAGAGAAAAGAGAUUAUCAAAAAGCUCAGUGUACUUGGUUGGUAUAACAAAGGUUUAGAUGAAGUAUUUGAUGAUGUAAAGAAAUGCUGCAUCGCACUGUCAGAGAGGCUGGCCAAUGAGGAGUUUUUCUUUGGGAAAGAACCUAACGAGUUGGACGCUUUGGUGUUCGGUCACAUAUUCACGAUAAUCACAACGCCGUUACCCAACAACGAGCUGGCUAGGAUCGUAAAGAGCUAUCCGAAGCUCGUCAAUCUCUGUAAACGCAUCGAGACUAGAAUUUUUUCUCCUCAAGCUAUACAGAAUCAAAUAAUUAAUGAAACGCUGGAGCUCAAGAAUUAAGCCAAUGAUCCAACUAAGGAUUUGAUUUAGAAAAAAAUGGUGACUUUCUUCUAAAUUCAAAUUCUAAAUGUCAAGCAAACUAUGCCAAAAGAAAUUGAACUACAGAAUCUUGAAGAUUUUCAUAAAGUGUAUCAUCGAUUAUACUGAAUUAAUGUAUUCGUCGUGUUACUUUUAUAUAUAUAUAUAUAUAUAUAUAUAUAUAUAUAUAUAUAUAUAUAUAUAUAUAAGUGUGUAUAUAUAUAGGGUCCGCCACUUAAAUCCGGACAUAAACAUUUUUUCUCGAAAAAGUCAUUUAUUACAAAAAAUAUGUAAAAGUACAAAGAUUAUCUUAUAGUUAAGUUAAGGCAUUUUUUCUGAGUUUUUCACUCAAUGUAGCCGCCCUACGUCUCGAUCCUGUUCCGAAAGCGCGAGCAUGCCGUCUGCAAUUGCGCCCGGUCCAUUUUCGUGAAUGCCGCUUCAAUAGCGGCCUGGAGGAAGGUCACAUUAGAAUGUCUGGCUUUGUUAGUAACCCUCUCGACUACGCCCCACACGUAAUAGUCGAGAGGGUUCAGAUCAGGACUAUUCAGAGGCUAGAAAUCCUUCGACCAAAACAUCUCGACAUUGUCCGAGAGCCAGUUCUGCACUAAGUGAGUCGUAUGAGUAGGUGCACCGUCUUGUUAAAAAAAUGCGGUGGUAUGACGUCGUCCUCACUCGAGACGACGCUUAGGAUGUGGACACUGGCUGGAAACUUGGUCCUGGCCACCUCCGCGUAUCUCUGGACAAUGUCAUACACCGUCGACCUGGGGUAUCCGAAGAACUUGAUUAUUUCGCUUGGUGUCCUUCCGGUGCGGACACCUUCAAUAAUCGCCGCUGUUCGGUUAUAUUCCGAUGUCGAUCUGAACGACUCGGCCAUUACUCGAAGUUAUUAACGUCUUACCCAUGUCUCUGGCCUGCCUUUACGCUACCUGGCACCUACUGCUGCAUUCUAAUAUAGCGGGAAUAUCAAAUUCAAAUUUGUCCGGAUUUAAGCGGACCCUGUAUAUGAUAUAUAUAUAUAUAUAUAUAUAUAUAUAUAUAUAUAUAUAUAUAUAUA